AAACGUAAACAAACAUGGCAGUCAGCUGACGAUUCUGCAACCGUGGAAGUCGUAUGAAAAAACGUAGUUGUCUCAGCUUUAGCAUGAAUUAAAUCGGCAAGAAGAAUGUGGGUCAAACCGGAGGAAGUUUUAUUAGCCAAUGCACUGUGGGUAACAGAGAGGGCCAACCCUUUCUUUAUCCUUCAGAGGAGGAAGGGUUAUGGAGGGGGUGGACUUACGGGGCUGUUAGUAGGGACACUGGACACAGUGUUGGAUAGCAAGACUCCACCAUAUAGAAUUUUACAUCAGACCCCAGGUUCAGAGAUUAGCUAUAGUGUGGCAGUAGCAAAUAACAAAGUAGAAAUACAUAAAGACUGGGAAUGGAUAGAACAGAAUCUGAUGGAGACACUUGGUGCAUUUGAAAAUGAGGAGGAUGCCACUGAAUUUGUGAAGUGUAAAAUUGAGAGCAUGUAUACUCACGAACACAAGCCUGGGGAAGUUGUGGAUGAAGAGGCUCAGAAUUAUAAAACGUCAACCAGGAAAUUCAUGAAGUUGUUCAACAUGCCGCGGGAAGAAAAGCUUGUUAACCAAUAUUCCUGCAGCCUUUGGAAGAAUAAUAUUCCUCGUCAGGGCUGGAUGUACCUUAGUGUCAAUCACCUGUGUUUCUACUCCUUUCUGAUGGGUAAAGAGGCCAAGGUCAUCAUAAGGUGGACAGAUAUUACAAAAUUGGAAAAGGGUAACAACAUGCUUUUUCCUGAAAGCAUCAAGGUGUCAACUAGGGAAGGGGAGUAUGUGUUCUCUAUGCUUCUACGCAGCAGUGAAACCUUCAGGCUAAUGGAACAGCUGGCCAAUAUGGCUAUGAAACAGUUGAUGCAGGAGGGAGGCUUUGAGGAGGACAAAACAAUUGUUGACAGAACUAAGAAAAGGACACCAAAGCGAAUGUCAUCCAUAAAGAGAGACCUUGAUGCCAGAGCUAGAAGUGAUGCAUUCAGGUCAGCCUUUUGUCUUCCCCUGGAUGAGAAGUUGGAUGGGGACACAGACUGUGUCCUGUGGACCCCCUAUAAUAAGCAGCACACAUGGGGACGUCUGUACCUCUCCAGUAGCUAUAUCUGCUUUGCGAGCAGGGUUGAUAUUAUUGACCAGUCUGGGGUAGCAUCACAGAGGCAUGUUCGUAAACGUAAACUUCGACGUGAACAUGCAAUAAUUGAGGGGCAGGUUCGUGACCUGGUUACCGUGGUGAUACCACUUCGUGAAGUGGUACUGGUAGAGAAGGUAGACAAUGCUGCUAGCGGUGAAUUAGGAACUGAUGCCUUGGUAGUCACUACCAAGGGGAAGAACAACUUUAUAUUUUCCCAACUUCCUGUGCGAGAGUUCAUUCUGCAGAAGCUGUCUGAUUUCUUGUCCAGAGUAGAGGAGUCUUCAGACAAGAGUCCUUCACGACAGAACUCGACCUGUGAUAGUACAUCCAAUUCCCCAGCUGAUGAUAUCCAAUUCCAGCCAGCUUUGGUCAGUUUGUUUCACAGAAGGCAUUCAGAUGAAUUAUCUGCAAGAGAAACUGUCAAAGAACAUCUGUGGAAUGUUCAUUUUUCAGAAUACGGCAGGGGUGUGUGUAUGUACAGAACUCACAAGACCCAGGACCUCAUUUUACAAGGACUGCCUGAGAAAUUUAGAGGGGAGAUCUGGAUGCUGUUUUCUGGUGCCAUAAAUGAGAUGGCUACAAACAAAGGAUAUUAUAGGAACAUGGUAGAACAAAGCCUUGGGAAGUACACUCUAGCUAAUGAUGAGAUAGAGAGAGAUCUUCACAGGUCACUGCCUGAACACCCAGCCUUCCAGUCUGAUCUGGGGAUCAGUGCUCUGAGGCGAGUGUUAACUGCUUAUGCCUGGAGAAAUCCUACUAUAGGUUACUGCCAGGCAAUGAAUAUCGUCACCAGUGUAUUACUGUUGUAUGUUAGCGAGGAGGAGGCGUUCUGGUUAUUGACAUCCAUUUGUGAGAGACUGUUACCCGACUAUUACAACACUAAGGUGGUGGGGGCGUUGAUUGACCAGCAUGUUUUUGAGGACCUCAUUAAUGAGAACCUCCCAGCCCUGCAUCAGAAGUUGGAGGUCCUUGGUCUCCUCAGUAUGAUCUCCUUGUCCUGGUUCCUUACUAUAUUCCUCAGUGUGAUGCCAUUUAACUGUGCAGUUUGCAUAAUGGAUUGUUUUUUCUAUGAUGGAGCCAGGGUCAUCUUUCAAGUAGCCUUGACAAUCCUGGACAAUAAGCAGGAGGAGUUAUUGGAGGCCAGAGAGGAAGGGGAAGCGAUGACCAUACUGAGUUCUUACUUAGAGAACAUCACAAAUAAAGAUUCCACAAUGCCUCAUAUUGCUCACACUAGCUCCAUGUGUGGGAGUCUGUCUGAAAAGAAGGAGCCAAGUGUUGAUGUAGCUAAUUUGAUAGAUGAUAGCUACAGAAAGUAUGGACACAUAACCAACCAAGACAUAGACAAACUAAGAUUAAAGUACAGACUUCAUGUAGUGCAGCAUAUUGAGGACAGCACAAAGAAAAAUGUGUUGAGAAGUGUUCAAACCCACACGUUGUUCAAAGACAAGGAACUGGAGGACCUGUUUAUUCUGUUCAAGGAGGAGUAUUUGACCUCUUGUUACUGGAGGACUAGUCAACAGCCAGCUGACAUGGGAGACAAAUUUGAUCCCUCCCGACCAUACUAUGAGAUGUACAAAGUGGAUUUUGAGCAGUUCAAAACCAUGUACCUAUCUCUUUCUCCCUGGGCCUCUGGACAAAGAGCAGGGCAUCUAGCUCUCAGGACAUUUAAGUUUCUGGAUGAUAAUAAAGACAACAUGAUAAACUUCAGGGAAUUUGUGUAUGUUCUUGGUGUUAUAUGUAAAGGGGACAUAACUCAGAAGCUGAAGCUGCUCUAUCUUUUGCACCAGUUACCUCCCGAUGAAUUGGAGAGCAUGCCUACUUCACCCCCAGUGUCUCCAGCUAGUUCAAAAACAGAGAGCCCAGAGAAUGCUGUGGAGGCUACAGAUUUCUUUGACAGUGAUGCCAGCUCAGUUGAUGCACUACAAGAUGAAAUAAUUCUACCCGGAGAUCCUAUUGUGGAAGAAAUAGAUGAGGAAAAAAAGGAAAAAUUAGAAGCAGAUACCAGUGCAGAAGAAAAAACCCAGUCAGAGGCUGCAAGCUUGGAAACAGACAGCAGUAAGACUGACACACAGGGAGCAGGGAAUGGUGGAUCACAGAUUAUAGGGAGUGGACCCUCAGGUGAUGAGGGAUUAGAUAUUAUACAGAAGUCUAUAGAGGGAGGCACAGUCAAGAAAGAAGCAGAGCUUCAAGAAAAUUUAAAGAAGAUGUAUGCAAAGAAAAAAGAACUAAACAGAAGUGACAGCAAAGCAGAAUUCAAGGAUGUCCCCAGAAUGUCUCAGGCUCAGUUUAUUGACAUGUGGAGAACACUCUAUGAUCUUUUUUCUGAUAAUGAUCAAGAACAACAACUUUAUCAUUCCAUUGCAUCUGUAGGGACUUUGUUAUUAGAAAUGGGAGAAGUUGGUAAAAGAUUCUACCUCCAGAAAUCUGUGUCAGAGAGCAGUGCAGGAGAAACCAGUUCCACAGGACUGGAUAGUUUAACAGAUGAAGUAGAAAAGCUUAAAUUGGACCAAUCCAAGGGCUCAUCUGACUUAAGCAAGGAACCUCAAAAGGAUGAGACAUGUUCCACUCAAACAGAAACCACAAAACCUGAAGAAGGAUCUUCACCAUACAGCAGAAACUCAUACUCUAAGCCAGACUCAGAUUGGUCAAUUAGUUUUGAGCAGAUGGUUGCUUCUUUGCUUACAGAACAACCAUUGGUCACCUAUUUUGAGAAACAAGUAGAUGUAUCUGAGGCUGUGUCAAAAAUGAGAAACCGUAGGCUCAUAACAAGACAAUCUAGUCACUUUCCAGAAAAGAAAAAGUAAUAUUCAUAUGUACAGAAUUUAAGGUAGAGCAUUCUUGCAGUGGGUCAGAUAAACAUAUUGCAUCAAUUUAUUUUUCAUCAGCCAGUAAAAAUUUACCAGGUCAAUUAAAAAUAUUUAAUAAUUAUUUUAGGGUGACUGGUCUGUAUUUUCCCUUGCAUGCAUGCAAUUUUACAGUUAUGUUGCCUUCUCCGUGUGCCCACUCAAGAUUUACGUAAUGUGCAAUAAACAAAGAUAUAUGUGGGCAUUUAUAAUGUCAAUUGAAAUUUAUGCAGAUGUUAACGGAAGCCAUUAAUACAUGUAGUUUGAUAUUCUUGAUAAUUUGAAAAUUAGUAUGUCAUCUUAAUUAAAACAUUAUUGGAUGAUGAUUUACAUAUAGCUCUUUAGGAUAUUGCUCCUUUAUUUUUAAAUGACAUCCAAUUUCCAAAAAAAUAGUGCAUUUUUUAUUGUGGAGAAAUUUUGUUUGAAGUUGCUAAUGAUACUGCAUUACAAUAAAAACUUUUUACCUUCAUGGCUCAUUUUUAAUAAUAUUGCCCUUGAAUUCUUAAAUAUAAUUUGUCUGGAUGUGGGAUACUUGAGUUUGAGUGUAUAUAUAAUCUAUACUUUGAUUUCUUUUAGAUGAUAAAGACACAAAUGUGAUUGUAAAGAGUUGCAGGUACAAGUUAUAUUAAUUAAGGCUUUAAUUAAUACUUCAUAUCUGUGAUACGUUUUCACACCCAUUCCAUUAAAACAUACACAAAUAAAUUAUACUGGAAACAUUUAAAACCCAUGUUUAGUGAAAAUUUAGUUACAAAGGAUGUUGUGAUCUUGUGCAAGGGAAAACAUUAGCUUUAGCUAAAAAGUUGUGUUUUGUACUCCGCAGAUGUUUGCUGCAACUUGUGUGAAUCAUUGUUGGAAAUUGAAUAUAUUUUUGCUGGGUGAAUGAAGUUGUUUUGCUCUUUUUUUAUGAUAAAGAACUUUUGGUUUUACUUAAAAAAAUUUAUUACUAGAUGGAACAUUUUCAUGUUUUUGUGUCAUAGUUGGCUCAUCAAAUCCAAUAUUUGUUUUUGUAUUGCCUGCAAAGCAUAAAUCAUACAUGAAUAUACAGGUAUUUAAAGGAUGCUGUGAUCAGGCCUUAGAGGGUUUCAUCUCUGUUUUUAGAGAAAUAGGUGAGCAUUAUGUUGCUUGAUUUUUUCCUUGUAAAUGCAUGGUUUCCUGGGAUUUGCAGUAUGUAUGCUCUCCUACUGUGUGACAGACAGUCUUUGAAUGAUUUUCGUAAUGUGUCCAAGUAGACAUGAUUCUUCCACCAAGACAACAAUGACAUUUAAAUGAGUUUAUGCUGUCCAUUUUGUUGGUCUAUCUUAAACCAUAUGGUUCUUCCAAUUUUCAUUCAGUAAAAUACUUAUUUUCAGCAUUUUGAUAUCUUUUUAUAGAGCUUUUCUCAAGAUACCAUAUACAUGUAGCAGUGGUUAUUGAAUUGUUUUGCCUGUGGAAUUCUGUUGUUAAAAGUCAUCUGAAUAUGUAUCUAUAAGCAUUUUAAAUUACUGGGAUGAAUAAUGUACAUACACACUCAAGAUUUAGUAGUAGUAAAAUUCAACUUCAUGUGCAAUAUCAUUUGAUGUAAAACAUCACAAAUAAAUCAAAAUACAAGA